CUCUCUGGCCCCGUCUAAAGGCACUGGACACAGUCUGUGAGGGAAAGUGAAAGAAGUCCUGUGAUGGUUGGGCGGGUCAAGCGUAUUUCUGGCUUGUUGUUUUGAAGGCCUACGGGAGGAGAGAGGGGGUUAAAAAAAAAACGAGUUAAAGAUGGCGGAAAUCGAAGGAGAUGAGACUGCUCGGCCCGCUCCUCCGUCACUGCUACCCGCAGAAGCGCCCCGCGUUAACGGAUCGGGGAUGGUCGGUUCUGGUAGCCAGACCCCGACCUUGGUGACCUCGGGUCCGCGCGUGGUUCGGAUCGUAAAGUCGGAAUCGGGAUACGGAUUCAACGUCCGCGGUCAAGUGAGUGAAGGCGGCCAGCUGCGGAGCAUUAACGGGGAGCUGUACGCUCCUCUCCAGCAUGUCAGCGCCGUGUUACCCGGGGGUGCGGCGGACCGGGCCGCUAUAGUGAAAGGAGACCGAAUACUAGAGGUUAACAGGGUGAGCGUGGAGGGAGCGACGCACAAGCAGGUGGUGGAUCUGAUCAGGGCUGGAGAGAGGGAGCUGGUGUUGACCGUACUCUCUGUGCCGGCACAGGAAACGGACGGACUUGAAGGUGGCGAGGAAAGCGCAGUGCAGCCCAAUUACGACUACUGCGACAAGCAGGCCAUCCCCAUUUCAAUCCCCACAUACAAACAUGUGGAACAGCACUCAGAGAAGUUUGUGGUGUAUAACGUGUACAUGUCGGGCAGACAGCUGUGCUCGAAGCGUUACAGGGAGUUCGCAAUACUUCAUCAGAACCUGAAGAGAGAGUUUUCCAACUACAAUUUCUCAAAGCUGCCAGGGAAAUGGCCCUUUUCUCUGUCUGAACAGCAGCUGGACGCUCGCAGGAGGGGAUUGGAGGAAUACCUGGAGAGAGUGUGUUCAGUGCGGGUCUUAGGUGAGAGUGACAUUAUGCAAGAAUUCCUAUCUGAAUCGAACGAGAACCACAACGGCAUAAGUGAUGUCGAGCUACGAAUAGCACUGCCUGAUAAAACCACAGCCUCAGUAAGAGUCAGAAAGAAUAGCACCACUGACCAGGUCUACCAGGCGCUUGUCAUAAAGGUUGGGAUGGACAGCAUCAUGGCCAGUUACUUUGCACUCUUUGAAGUUAUUAACCACUUGUUUGUGCGCAAAUUGGCUCCUAAUGAGUUCCCGCACAAGCUCUAUGUUCAGAACUACACAUCUGCUGUGCCCGGGACGUGUCUCACAAUGCGGAAGUGGCUCUUCAGCACACAGGAAGAGGAACUGCUGCGGGACAACCCUCUUGCCCUGCACUACUGCUUCCAUCAGGCACAGGAUGACGUGAAGAAGGGAUUCAUUAAAGCAGAGGAUAAAGCGUACCAGCUGCAAAAACUAGCAGAACAGAGAAAGAUGACAAUGUAUCUGAGUCUUUUGCGCUCAUGUGAGGGAUAUAACGAAGUGACGUUCCCUCACUGUGCAUGUGACUCACGGAGGAAAGGUCAUGUGAUCACAGCCAUCAGUAUGAAGCAUUUCAAACUGCACGCCUGCACAGAGGACGGCACUCUUGAGAGUCAGGUGAUCAUGUUCGAAUGGUCAGAGAUGCAGAGAUGGGACACAGAUGAAGAGGGAAUGGCCUUCUGCUUUGAAUAUGUGCGCGGAGAAAAGAAACCUCGCUGGGUCAAAAUAUUCACUCCUUAUUUUAACUACAUGCACGAGUGCUUUGAGAGGAUUUUCUGUGAGCUCAAACGGAGGAAAGAGGUUGAAGACGAGGCCUCAGACAAAGGCAAUAAGAACUGUAGUAAUAAUGAUUACCUCUUGCCGCUGGAGCAGCAGAAGGGAUGGUGCCACCUAGGGGGCGAGAUUGCCACUUCCUAAAACUCCCCUCUAGAGCCCCUGUGGAAUUGCGCUGGAUCAUCACACAAGAGCAGACCAUAAUGCCCAUCUUACCACGGCAACACCCUAGCGACGCCAUACCAACCACGUUUCCCACGGAGACAAAAGUGUGCCUUUCAGAUGCAGAGCGUUCCAUAUGACAACAACGGCAAUGCAAAAUGCCAUCAUCGUGGCAAAGCAGACGCAUAACUAUCACUGCGGGGAUGUUUCACACCAAUGGGUUCUGCUGUCAUUUCAUCAAUAGAUACUUUGAACUCACAUAAGUACAUGUAAAAUACCACAUAGGACGAGACCUAAAGAUCUUCCACGCCAUCGCUUUAGGAGACACGCUCUUCUGUAAGUCUACUUUAGAGCACUCUUAUCACGGCAGCGAAGUAACGAAUGACCACUUUGUAAUUUGAACAGCAGCUGCUAUCGCAACUGUUCAAAAAAAUCAAUAUAUAUGGGAGGGGGAAGUCAUGCCUUAACAAAAAUUUAUUUGUGUAGCAAGGUCACCGUAAUACGGGAUCUUUCUAAAAUGAUAUUGUGAUGGCAUUAUUGCUUGAUUUUCCCAGUAUUGCUGACUAAAAUGAGUUCAUUUUCAUCUUAUUUCCCAUUAAAUGAGGAGUUAACAAGUGUGUGGGAGCAGUGAGAAGUGUGUGUGUGGAGGGACAGGACAGGAGUGUUUAUGGACAGGUGUAGUUUGCAUAAGCGACCUGUAGGGGGCCCCAGCAUCAAACACAUAAGCAGCUGAGCUCAGGACACAGUUGUUUUUGCGUUCAGUUUAUUUGUUGGUCUCAGAGGAAACAUCUGAGUUGGUUUAAGUGUUAUUUAUUGUUUAAGACUGCAGAGGCUUCCCUUGCUCAGUCAUAGAGAGACAACAGCACCACACCGUACCUGCUGACAGGAUCUGAAGUGGAAAAACAAGGGAUAGAUCGAGAAUAUCAGAAUAGUUUGCACAGUGUUUCUUUUCUUAUAUGGUUUGAGGAAAUAGAACUGAGGCAGCAGGCAAUUGCUUUCAAAUUAAUUUACAAAUUCCCCACUGAAUGCUGAAAUAACAAAAUAAAAUACAAAGUGGUCCAUGUUUGCUAUUUUCUGUUUCUGUUUCUUCUUUUUUAACGCAUAAGUAGAGAACCAGCGAUUAAAAUAUAGCUUAGCCAAAAAGAUAUACCAUAAAGGACCUUAAUGGGUCCCCCUUGUCACAGGAACAGGCACAUUUGGACCAUUUUCUUAAAGGAAUAGCUCACCUAAAAAUGAAAAUGUACUCACUCUGUUCGUUUCGUC